AACAGGUAAAUAAUGUUCCGCAUAGCAUGGCGCAGACCCUCGACUGUCUUCAGGGCAAACAAGCUCAAAGCAGCAUCAUCCGCUUCCUUCUCUACCAACAAUGGAUGUAAUUCAAACGUCCGUACCUUGCUCAACGACUACUCUCUCCUGGCGUACUAUUUCGGCAUACGGACCUCGAUAUUAGACAGGACCAAGCUCACGCCCCGCGAGGCCAGAGUAGCCGUGGACAGGUCUGGAUUCUUCUCCUUCGGGAUGACAGCCGACCAGGUGGAGAUGUUCACCGCCAACGAACCGUGUGAGUACGCAGAACUCAUCAUCAGUGAUCUAGUAGACGACUUGAGAGAGUCUGGCUCUGAUGUGGACAUCAGGAACGUGAAAUACCCCCGCGAAAUGCCUUUCAGAUUAUCAAAGGAAGCGAAGGAAUGUCUGCAGUUAGAACUUGACUUGUAUCUACAUUCAGUCGAGAUGCUCACAUUCAACGACCUCCUCAAACGAUACAGACCAUGGCGCGACGAAGAGGAAACUUUCUACGCCGUCGUGCCCCUGUCGCCGAAUCUAGACGAACUAUUUCAACCAGACGUCUCGAUUCUAGACUUUAACCCGAAGAACAGUCCCGGAUUUUACACCACCAAGUUGAUUUCCGUGGCUAAGAAGUGGGCUCUGGAAUUAGAAGAGGUAUUCGGGAAGUAUCAGGUGGCCGUGGUGGCGCAUACUCUUCCACCGGGUUGGAGGGACUCCUUCAACGGGAAGGUUUUUCGGGACGGUAAGUUCGUGGAGUGGCAACGUUUUGUGACGCUGUCUCACGAGGGGAGAAACGACCAUCACUAUGAUUUCGUGGAGGGGCCCUUCCUCAACACCAUGAAGUUGCCAGAACACGUCGACCACGCAAAGCAAGACGAAGUUGUGCCGGGAGGACACCAGCUAGCGGCGUUCCACCCAGCACUUCUCAAAUUGUUCCUCAACACCGUGACAACAUGUGAAGAACCUUGAACUCUGAAGUAUAAUAUUGUAAUGAUGACGAUCUGAAAGCAAUUUGUACGAUAGCAGGUUUCGGAAUACUUUUCUUCGGCAUACCUUAACUUGUGUCCGUGAACGUACCUGCACCAGACAAAUUUUACCUGCACUACCGUCAAACAUUGAGAAAAUGUAUCAUACUAAAACGGUUCACUUUAAUUUCUUUUAUGCUUCAUAUAUAGGUUACCGUCAAUGCGGCCAAUUAGAAUCAACAUACACCUACAUCUAUAUAUUUUUAUAUCCCAGUACAUGCAAAUUAGGUGCAGGUAGACAUCAGAAAUACCUUCACAGCCCCAAUUUAAGUUACUUGCUAUAAUUUUGAAUAACCUGCAUAUGCACCCAGUUCCGAGCCUUGGACAUCAAUGCAAAAUUUGACUUAGAAGUAUUCAUUA